CGGACUCUGGACCAAACUAUUAAAAAAGUUAAUUAGGUUUUUAAAUUGACAAAAUAAUGCCUAAAUUCUUUACUCGCACCCCGAAUCAUUAAAAAUAUUAUAAUAUAUUUAUGGAAUCGCCCACGUGGUUAAGAUUGCGCAAUCCGCCCAAAAAUUUUCUUUUCAUUAUUCGUCCCUACGUAGAUAGAAACUUUAGUUCUGUUUUUAAUUCAUUGCUUUAUUACAUUAUUUAUCAAACAAAAUGCUGAUUUUCAAAGAUAUAAUUACCGGGGACGAACUGUUCACCGACGCACAAAAGUAUGAAGAGUUUAUGGGCGCCUUUUAUAAAGUAUAUGGCAAGACAACCACACGAAAUGACGACUUAGACCCUUCUUUGUUCGGAGCAAAUCCAUCAGCAGAGGAUGGGGAUAGCGGGGCUGCCGAAAGUUCAUCAACUCAAGUCAUCGAUUUUGUGGAUGCUUGUAAGCUGGUAGAAGCGCCUGCUUAUGAUAAGAAAACAUUCAUGGCCUAUUUUAAGGAUUAUUGCAAACAUGUUGCAGAGAAAUUGACGCAAGAAGGAAGGACUGAUGAUGUCACGGAGUUCAAGAAACAUGCCACGGAUGCUAUGAAAUAUAUAAAAGGCAAUAUAAAGGCUUUUCAGAUUUUUACUGGAGAAUCAGUGGAUCCAGACGGUAGCGUGGGGUAUCUCGAUUGGGAAGAUAAUGUUCCUUACAUCCUGUUUUUCAAACACGCACUGGUUGAGGAGAAGGUUUAAUUUUACUCUUGUAAAUUGUUCAAUUUUACAUUAGUCAAUAUGAGGGUGAGCGAAGUGUUUGUACAAAAAUAAAUCAAAGAAUAUAAA